ACCAGCGAGUUCGAACCCGAGGAGGGUGUGAACUUUUCUAGGCUGAACGGGGACGCUUUGCCGGACGUUCUGAAAUCAGACCAGGCCGUGAUUGUCUCGCUGGGCGCACACGAGACUCUCGGCAUCGUGGGCACGUUUGCUCUCAUCCCUCUCCAACACUCAAUAUCCCUCCUUUCUACAACUCUGCAUCCAGCUGAUGACGACCUUGAGGUCUACCCUGUCUUUGCGCCGACGUGCCACCCAGUCCCCGUCAUUGCUCCGUCCAUUGACUCAAACAAGCUGGGUUUCCUGCGAGACCCGUCGCGCGCCAUCUUCCUGGUGCAAGAGAAUCGCACCGGCAUCGAAGAUUUGACUGGCGAUGUUGUCCCUGGCUUCAACAACAUUUGGGCGGGGGAGAGGGGAGCUUGGGGCCUUGCCGGCGUGCAUCCGGUCACUGCCCACUCCACUCCGGUGUACGCGCAUACUACUCCACCAUCGUGGACCCAGGCCCUGGAGUCGCUCGUUCAAGCACCCGCCGUGGAUGACGAUGACGACGAGGAAGUGCUGGCUGAGCAAGUCCCCGUGGUGGUCGUCAAGGGACCAAAGCGGAGCGGCAAGUCAUCCCUCGCUCGAGCAGCUCUCAACCAUCUGCUGGGCAACUUUGCUCGUGUUGCAUGGCUUGAGUGCGACUUGGGGCAGGGAGAGUUCGGGCCGGGUGGCCUCGUGGGUUUAUGGCUGCUCGAUGCACCCGUACUCGCAGGUCCACCAUUCACGCACCCCCGUGAACCACUGCGUGCCAUGUAUCUCGGCGAGCUGAGCCCACAGCCGUGCCCCGAUGAGUACAUGGCAGCUGUGCACGCUGCUAUACAACUCUACCAGUACGAGGUGCAGCACCCACCUGUGUCUUUACAAGGCACGAGUGCGCGCCGGACGGACGUCGUUCCCCUUGUGAUCAAUACACAGGGCUGGACGCGUGGGCUCGGCGAGGAGCUUAUGCGUGCGAUCGAGGUGGCAUCUGAGCCGACCCAUAUCUUCGCCUUCGAGGAGGAGGCUCGGGACGAAUCACAAGGCACCAUCGUUCAUUCCGGAGGGACACUUCCCUCGGCGAGUCCCACCCAGGUCUUCUCCGUUGCCCCCGCGCCAGCUUCUCCGCUCCAGGCGCGGUACUCAGCGGCGGACAUGCGUGUUGUCGCUCACCUGUCGUACCUGUAUGCCGUUGGCCUCGGUGGGCGAUGGGACGUGUCCGUUCCUCUAUUCGCGCAGCGUCCCUGGACGGUGACACUCGGAGAGGGCGGGGUGCUAAAGCGCGCCUACCUGGUUGGGGAGGGGUCCGAGGACGUGAUUCCCGGAGAUCUGCCACUCGCUCUCAACGGGUCGCUCGUUGCGCUCCUUGAGGCGCCGGAGUUAGAAGGGCCGGCGUACCAACAGGGGUCAAUCCCACCAGAGGACGCGACGUGUCUCGGCCACGCACUCGUCCGUGCUGUGCGAUUCGCUGAGCGCAUGCAGCUCCAGCUUCUGACGCCGCUGCCGCCUGCCACUCUCGCGCGCGCGACGGCGCUGGUACGAAAUGGAGCCUUCGAGCUACCACCAGCCGGUAUGCUGGAUUGGCGCGAACGCGUACCCGGAGGUGGGGUGCCCGAUGAGGGAUUGGCAGGUGUGAGAUGGGAAGACGUACCGUUCUUCGAUGCAGCCGGGUCAGGCGCUAUCGGUGAGGAGCGGCGGCGGUUCAGGAAGAAUCUUCAACGUAAGAACCAGCAGUAGUGAUUGAUGAUGCAUUGCCUGUACAUUCACGAGCGUCAGAAAAGAGUGGAACAGAUGAUUCGACACCUUUCUUCACCCCUGCACAA